AUGAAACUCAGAAACACACUUCGGAACCCUGUAAGGGUAAUAUUGAUUUUAGCAGCACUCAUCGUCGUAACAGGGAUUGUCAUCAGUUGGGAUACCGAUGAGUUGACCCUGCAAACUGCAAUUGGACAGACAAACGACACACUUGAAACAUCAGAAGAUUUUCAGUAUUUGGAACGUGCGAAUCGGGCGUUUAUUAAUUUGGUAGCGCGGACGCGCCCUGCUGUCGUACAAAUUACAACCAUAACAGAAAGAAAUAGGCGUGACGGACUACAGGGACAGCAAUUUUCACCUGAGGAAGAAGAUCUAUUUAGACGUUUUUUUCGAGAACGCGCACCGCGUGAUCUCACAGAACCUGUAAGAGGUAUCGGUUCCGGGGUAAUUGUCAGUGAUGAUGGCUAUAUCCUUACCAAUAACCAUGUCAUUGAGGGUGCUGAUGAAAUUACAGUCACCCUUGCGAAUCAGAAAGAGUAUACAGCAAAACUCAUCGGAAGGGAUGCCGCUGGGACGAAGGUCAGCGGCACUGAUUUGGCACUUCUGAAAAUUGAUGACUCGGACGCACUUGAAGUUGGUGAGUGGGUUAUAGCAAUCGGGACUCCGCUUAAUUUCUCACAAACGGUAACACGCGGUAUUGUGAGUGCGAAAGGACGGGCAGAGUUCAGGGAGAUUCCGUACAGUGACUUUAUUCAAACCGAUGCCCCCAUUAAUCGCGGAAACAGCGGCGGUGCCCUCAUAAACAUCCGCGGUGAAUUAGUUGGUAUUAACACUUUAAUCGCAACCGGUGGUUUUACCACGGGAAAUAUCGGAAUCGGUUUCUCUAUUCCAAGUAAUCUGGCACAACAGGUCUUGCCACAACUUAUUGAAAACGGCAAAGUAGAACGCGCCUGGCUCGGCAUUAGUAUGGCACCUGUUGAUUCGGAUUUGGCUGAUGAACGAAAUCUUGACACGCCACGCGGUGCCCAUGUCAAGGCAGUUGGCAAAGGCAGUCCUGCUGAAAAAGGUGGCAUUCAGCCUGGAGAUAUUAUUGUUGAAUUUAAUGACGAAACAGUCCGAGAUAGGUCUCAUUUGCAGCUGCUUGUAGGGGCAGCAAAAAUUGGCAAGUCUGUUGAUCUGACAGUCCUCCGGGAAGACAAUCAGGAAAAGCAGUUGUCCGUAAAUUGGAGAAACGGACAGAGGCAGUUUUGGCAAAACUCAACGAGGAGCAACAAAAAUCCUUUGCGGGUCUCCAGGUCCGAAACUUGA